GACGACAAGCCACGCCUCACAGAAGAGGAGAAGAAGCAGAACCACAUCGCAUCAGAGCAGAAGCGCCGCCAGGCCAUACGAGAGGGCUUCGACAGGCUCACUGAGCUCGUGCCUGGUCUGCAGGGCCAGGGUCGCUCAGAGGGCCUCGUGCUUAAGAGGACGGUGGACUACAUGCGCGAGCAGCUCGUGCAGAGGCAGGCCUUGAUUGAGCGAGUCGAGCAGGCAGGCGGAGAUGUCGAUUCCAAGUUCAAAAAGUGA